ACAGUUCAGUUAAAAAAAAAAUUAAAUUAUGUUUAACAAACCGUUACGUGUUUUAACGUGCGAGCCAAGGCGUGUCCAUAAUUGACACCUCGCGCAUGCGCAGAGGGGCCGGGUACACCUUGGCAAACGUUGGGUCAAUUUGAGCAGAGGGCGAACGCCAGGGAGCGUUUAGUCCAGACGUCACGCAGUGAGCAGUUUUAAAAGAAAUACGAACCAGGCCCAGAACUUUUUCUAGCAACCCGUAGCCAUUCGUUUGAAUCGUUGGCAUGUUACCAUCAGCCGGCCGGGUCAAACUAAACCGAGUCGCGUUAAAAGACGUCGUUGGAGGUAACGGGGAGCCGCGGCGGAGACGACCGCCCAAAAAGCGAGAGGAACCAAAACCGGCGUCGGCCACUGGCAACGACGUACCGGUCCAAACGUCUCCAACGGGCCCGGGAAAUGUGACCGCUAACCCCGCCGGAGGAGAGCUGGCGGAGAGUCGUGUAGGUGGAGGUAGAAUGAAGGGGGUGGAGUGCAGGACUGGCAUGUGGGGCAGAGACGUUGAAGAGGUUCCCGGAACGGGAUGUCGCCAGAUAGGAGCCGAGAUUCACAGGGACAAGAGGAUGAAGCUCGAGGAUAGCGUUGAAGAUGGGGUUUUGCCAGCCGCUCUGGGUUUAGAAAGCGUUUGCUGCAGAGACCCAGCAGCAGCAGCAGCAGCAGCAGCCGCAACGGACUCUGGAGAAAAAAUGAAAGCAUGCAUUUUGACGCGUAACAACAGUGAGUCGCGAUGGGAGCGCGCGGUCGUCGCUAGCAACUCGACCGUGAAAGAAAACCGUGUCAACGAGAAGCCUGCUGGUGAGAUUGAGAAGGCCUCAGAUGCUGAUGCACCACAGAGGACGUCUGAUGGGUUGUUUCAGGGGAACGAGACAGAACUGGAUGAGCCGGAGUCAUUCACCUGCCAGAGAGUGAUGCCCUAUAUUAAAAAAAUCAAAUUUAGCUGUGCGCGCACAUACAUGCCGUGGCCCCUCUCCCACAGAGGCCCCACCGUCAUAGUCCACGCUGGAUCUGCAGGCGGUCCAGCAGAGGCUGUAGAUCCCAAAGCUGGCGUCGACUGCGGCUCCCCAGCAGACCGAAAUCAGCCGGGCUCGUCCAGGGCCCGAGCCGGCGACGAGCUCCCUGCAGCACCUUCAGCCCGCCAGGUAUGUCGUGGCGAUGUGAAGACACGGGACGACAAUGGAGGAAGCGUUCAAGAUGAUAGGCCGACAUGCGCUGUGGAGUUUGCGCCUCGCUGUGCGUCAGCAUCCUUAGCUGGUCUUCGCUCGCCUGCGCUGGCCCACAUUUCCAACCCAAGUCAGAGUGGAGGAGAGCGUGGCGCGCCCUCAUCUCCUCCGGUUGAUGAAACCGAAAGCCACGAGUCGACCCCCUUCCUCUCGGCUCUCGGCCUGAGUGACUGUGAAACCACCACCACUUUGUCUCCCAUGUCGUCUCCGUCCACACACGGGGGUUCGAGCAGCCUCUGGGCCACACCGUCCUCUCUCCCACCUUCAUCGGCCCCCAUGAAGAACGUCAAAGGUGUUAGGAACGAUGAUCCUGCCAGUGUUCCACUAACGUCCUUUUCACCCGACUGUGUGAUUGAAGCUGUGGAGGAAACGUUGCUCUUUAAAGUAACUCAAAUGACUUCGUGGACUCCAUCUUCUGCUCAUCCGUGCGACUCUGACUCCUUUCAUUCAUGCGAGUCGUCCCCUUUUCUCCCUCCACACGAGCGAGGGAGAAGUGACCGAUUUUCUCCCGCCAGGAGCCCACCGUCUGAUACGUGGUCCUUUAACCACACGCUCGUCAAAGACGGAUCGUUGCACAAAAUCCUAAAGGAAAACUUUGUAGAAACGGACUCAAAUGAGUUUCUGCUUCCUCCACUGCUCUCUCCUGUCACUUCACCACGAGGGCCCUCAGGGACGAGCCCCCAUCUCCAAACACCAGGCUGCUCAGAAGAAGAAGAGGACGAGGAGGAUGAGCAAAUCAACGACUGCUCCGGAAAACCCCAAAUGUCCUCUGGAUGUCCCGUGCCACAGAUUGUUGAUAGUAAAAAGGAUUAUCCUGAACAUGGUUGUGGAGAAAGGGAAGUCUCUGAAACUACUUUAUUGAAGCCUCAAUCCUCUCCAGACAGCGGCGAUGACGCUGAUGAUGGGGAACAGAGUAACAAAAAACCCAAACAAGUUCCCUCCGACCCCAAAAUGACGACAAACCUCGUCUCAGGUGAGGUCACAGAACCCCGCUCGUAUCUCAGCAGUGACGACGACGACGACGAUGAGUGUAAAGAUGUUGUUGAUGAGGCCUUCUAUGAGACACAUUCCGCUGAAGACGAGGGAUCCGGUCCGUGUGACGCACAGCGCAGCGUCACAGAAGAACCCGGCGCAGAGGUAGCUGACCAUCUGCAGCACAGCGCUCUGGAUGAGAUCGCUGCUUACGAACAGGACAUCCUGCUGGUGGACGUGAUCCAGGACGACCCGGAGCUGUUUGAAAACCUGCCCGAGCAAAGUCUGCUGAAGCUGGGCCCCAUAAGGGCCACCGUGGCUCCUGUAGCCGGAAGAGCACCGCCGCUGAGGAUAGACUCGGCGUCACUGGAGAACCCGAGGUUGACUCCAGGUAUUAAAACUGGUCCUUUGGUCCGUUUUGAUGCCCCAGAGAAGACAAACUGCAGAUCAUGGAGGCCUCAGGGAGGCGGCAGCACCUCUUCCCAAACGAGUCUGCCGGAUGCCAACAACAAUCAUGUGAACGGAGUCCCGGAGAGGAGCCUCUGGAAUGCAAACCUUCUGCACAAUAACCUCCCUCCACCCAUGGCCGCAAAAAACGGGCCUUCGAUCGCAAAUCCCACACAGUUCAGGCGCCAGAAUUCGAUUGGUUACUGCAGGCACUACUUCAGUGAGUCGCUGUCCUGCGGCUUCAAGAAGUGUCACUUCAAGCAUGUGCCCGCUGAGGGGGACGAGAAGCUGUGCAUCGAAACUUUGACACGCUUUGUCAAAAAUCCAAUGUGCCUUCAAAAAGCAGGAGCCAUGUUUGUGUGCUACUACCAGAGCAACCGACCGGGGGCGUGCUUCUCCAUGCCGGUGCUGCUGACUCUCCUCUGGGCUCUGCUCAAAGCCGGCAUGGUGUCCGACGUCCUGACGGUCCUCGGCGUCAGUUUGACCCACAAGAUCGUGCCGAGUCAUGAGUUCCUGUUGGCCCUCUUCAACCAUGUGAGAGAAAAGGAUCUUUUGGGUCUGGGACCUGAACUCAUGCAGCUCACAUUCAAGAUGGCCCGUGCGGGUCUUGUGCUGAGUCUAGACUGCCUCGACUGUGUUAAAAAUACUGAGUUCCAGCAGGCGGUCAACGCAAACCCCCCCGUGUUGGCGUCUGGUAACAACAAGUCAUCUAGCAACGCUCCUCUUCCAGAGUACCUGAAUCUGGCCCAUUCCAUCGUAGAAAUCGAGCUUUGUUCCAAGCAAGAGGACUGGGGGCGGAUGGGCAAGGUGUUCAGCUCCAUCAUUCAGUCCAGCAAGUACGCCAACCAGGUGGGGAGGAUCAGCGGACGCAUUGCCAUCGCGCUCCUGUCUGAAGGCAAAGACAAGCUGUCGCUGCCCUUUGCAGCCUUCGCUGAGACGGUGUGUCAGAGCGAAAUAAUCGACAGCCCGAUGAGGAGUUCUUUAGGCCGGAUUGGAGUCUCGCUCAUGUUGAGAUACCACAAAACGCAUCAAUGGGCCAAGGGUCGGAGGGUGGUGGAGGUGCUGUCUGUUUCAAAAGUCAACUACGCAACACUGAAGGGUUUGUUUGGGAACGAGGAUGGAACGUCCCGCUGCAACCUGGUCACCGUGGCAACGGAGCUCUUCCUCCUGAGUGGCAGCCUGGAGGGAGCCCUCAACACACUCAGAGAGAACAAGUGGUUCUUGAGCUCCAGCGCGUGGCCAUGUGAGCCCGCGGAUCUGGAGAGCAGGACUCGCGUGUUGCUGCGUUUGGCGGAAAAAACCUCCCACAGAGACACGCUGGAGGUCCUCUGUAACCUCCCCGGACUCAAGGAGCCGAACGACUUGGUGGACACCUCCCGCUACGCCUCUCUGUUCAACUCUCAGCUGCGAGUGUGCGUGGACCGGCAGAUCUACCCGGUGGCCUCGGACGCCGUGGACUUCAUGCUCUCUAAAAAUCUGUCGGUUGACCCCGCCGUGCUGCAGCUGCUCCUGAACAAACUGGGCAAGCAGAACCUGUGGCUCCGGGCCCGGGAGCUCUUCAGACACUCGCUGAGUAUGGGCUACUACCCGGGCGUGUCCUCCCCCCCCGGCUUCAUGGCGCUGAUCGUCCCCUGCCGGCUGGGGGAAGUGGAGCUGGCUCUCAGCCUGGAGAUGUUCAUCGCCGUCAACGGCACCGACAUCUUCCACCUUCCCGACGCCUCCACUUCCUGUCUCAGCGUCACGCUGAAAAGGACUCAGAGCUGCGAGAGCGAGUACCUCGCCGCCGGCAGCCGCAUCCUGUCCGCGGCGUGCGUCCUUCAGCCCAAAGUCCUCGUGCACUACACGGCGGUGAACGCGCUGCAGGAUCAAGUGUUCUUACUCGACGUUCCCUCCGCCCGCUGCUGGCUCCGCCACAAUCAUGUGUGGGCCAAUGAGGUGUGGACGCACUGAUCAAACGCGCUCAAGCCCCGCCCCCAACGCCACGCGCUUCGCUUCCCGUGGGCUCCGAACCGCUCAUGUUUCAGAGACAUCGGCUGAAAACACAACCAAUGAAAUCAGGACAACCGACCCAUGUGCGUUUCUGUUGGCGCACACGUUUGUGCUCAAAAUUCAUUUUUGCCUUUUGACCAGGAAGCAAAGAAUCACAAACGGACCGACGCCAGAACCUCUUACGGUGUUUUGGUUUUUACAACAAUAAUCGUUUUUGUUUCGGUUUGUUUCCUGAAGUGUUCUUUUAGCUAUUUUGUCACUUUGUGAUUUACCAUUUGAGGGAGCUUUGUGGAGACCAGGAUAUUUUGUAUGGUUGUUACUAGUAUAAGAUUUUGUUUAUAACAAUGUAAAUAAUGUCUUGGUCUGUGUGUAUAUAAGUCUUUGACAGUAUUAUGUUUCUGUAUUGUACUGAUUGUAGAGAUUACAAGUGUUAAUUGUUCAGGAGCUGUGAUCUACAUUUUCUUUAAUGUUUUUAUAAAAAAAAAAAACAUGUUCUGCUCCAAAAGGUUUGACGUGUGAAGUGUUUAUUUUCUGCAUCAUACAACGUUCUUUAAGUGACUGCUGUCCAUAUGAAGCCAGAGAGGCGUUUUAAGCUGGUGGUUUGCCUGUAAUAUUCAGACCUCGGUGCUUUGGAAACGAGAAGCUUGUCACUACGUUCAAAACAAACUCCACAGCGGUUUAUUACAUCUGAAAAGUGAAUCUAAAUGUGUUUAAUAUCUGACCAUAUAAAUCAAUCAAUCCUUUUAUUCAUAGAGUCUUAUCCGAACCACCAGA